UGGAGCUUCAUGGAGUUCCUCUUGCUUGCGUUUACAGUUACCCAAGCUUUUGACAUCCAGUUCUGAGCGCCGGCAUCUGUGCUGUCAUGGUUUACAUCACUGACUUCCCUCUGGAUCUCAGCUGAAAGUCUCGUGCUGGUGUCAAAGAUGACGGGGGUCCAGUUCCUGGCCUGUGUGUGGACUCUGGUCAUCACACAAACUGUGUUGGUGCUCAGUGACAUUCAGUUCCUGGAGAGGUAUGAGGGCGACUCUGUGGUUCUUCCGUGUGUCAUUCAGCAGAACGAGCCCCCGCCCUUCGGCAUGUACCUGAGUCGCAGCUGGCUGCAGCAGAGCCAAGUGCUCUACAUCCACACGAAGAGCGUAGCCACUGUGGCCAACGAUGACGACCAGACCCGCAUCGGGACCAGUGGUGACCCCAGCAGCCACUCCCUGAACGUGACCAUCUCUGAGCUGAGGGUCAGCGACACAGACCGCUACUACUGUGAUUUUGUUGUUCAUAGACCUUUAUCUGAAGACGAGAGGAUACAUGGAGACACUGAAUUCGUCCUCCUUGUUACAGCUGCUGCUCAUGGCUCUCUGGACAUAGGGUUGAUAGAGACAUGUGCCGGGGGCACGGCCGUGCUCCCCUGUCUCCCCCCAAACGGGGAAGGCUUGGCCGUGGAGGGUGUGAGUCUGAAGCGCCAGAGGGGCCGGGCUCCAGUGGAGAUGUUGUACAACUCAAAGCGUCACCAUGGCAGCAGCUCUUCUUCCUCCUCGUCCUCCUCCCAGUUUUCCACUGGGAGGGUCCAGCUGUCGUCGGCGCCCGGCCCCGGCGGCCUCACCUACAACCUCACCCUGCAGCAGCUGCAGCCGGAGGAAAGUGCCUUGUACAGCUGCCAGCUGCUUGUGCGAGGCAGGGCCGACAACAGCUCCAGUCUGGGGAGACACGUGUUCUUUGUUUCUGUGCAAGGCCGUCACUGCGGCUGCUCCAGCUACUCCACCCUGCUGUACGCUCUGUCCUCAGCUGUAGCCGUCCUCCUCCUCCUCCUCCUCCUCAUUGGAUUUCUGGCGAUUCAUAAAGGCAAAGCUCGCCGCAGUGUCAAGGCACGCCCUCAGGUCCCCAUCUACGAGGAGAUGACCGGGGUGAAGCCUCUCGCCCGGAAGGUGGCCCCUCACCAUCUGGAGGAAAUGGAGUCUUCUGAGUACAGAAACUGCUCUGUGAAGAAACUCUGCCCUGAGAACCAUUAUGAAAGUCCGGCCUCCUGUACUCAAAACGGUACUGAAUAGAAUGCACUUCUUUCAGAGAAUAGUUCAUGGAUCAAUGAAGGAAAAAACAAUCAGACAUAUUUAGAGGACUGAUAUUUAUUAGUUUUGGCAAUUUGGUGUAGAUCCAAAUAAAAAUCUAGAUCUGGUGAAUUUAAAUGUGAUUUCAAGGGGAACGCUGUCAAAAAGUUAAAACUAUUCCUGGAUCUGCACCAACAUUGAAUGGGUUCUUUUUGGGUCCGGGCCCCCACCCCUCCACAGUAUAUUAUAGAAAUAGGUUAAGUAGUUUUUGAGUAAUCCAAGCGCUGUUAAAAAGGAAACCUUUUUUGGUGGAGGUAAAAAUUAAAACCCUUCUUAGCAGCAUCAUGAACUAAACCAAGCUCAGCUGCCUCUGACACACACAGAGGAUUGUUUUUAUUUUCUGUAUAUUGGAUUGUUUGGUCAAAAGAGUGUUUGUAUUUUGACAUAAGUUUAGUUUAAGUUUAUAUUGCAAUGUCAACAUUUCUUGUGAUGUGAUACAUUUAGAAAAUGUUUAUAAAUGUAUCACGUUUAAAAUUUUUUAUAAGAAUUUUCAAAAUAAACAUAUUGCUUUGCAAACUAAA